UUAAUUUAUCCAAAAUUGAUGGAAUUGAGAAAAAGAGCCCAGCCCAAUAAGAAAGAUCGUUGCUGUAUGCUAGUUGAGUUGUGGUUGGUUGCGAGGCAAAUACACUAAGCAAGGAUGAUGGCUUCUCCUUUACCUUCCCUCGCCUCUUUCUUUCCCUCAAACCACCAUCCUCCUUCUCUAACUACUGCUUCACUUCCAGUUUCGAAGCUUAUUUUCUCAUCUUUUUCCCCAAAGUUGUCAAGAAACAAGAAAUGGGUCUCACGCAGAAACAGAUUCUAUCCGGCGAAACCAACUGACCAUGAUUUAGACACGACGGGACCAUCCCCACAAGCCUCAACUCAAAAUGCUGUCAAUGCAUCCACCAGUUUCUUAUCUAUACUUUGUCCUCUUCUCAGAUUAUUCUCUGGAGGAGACCCCUCCCAAGAACGGAAUGAUGCUCUGGAGGUAGCGACAUCUUCUUUAUCCACCUUGGCAAGAUUUCCUUGGGGAUCAAAAUCACUAGCAGAGGGCUCAGAGAGCAACGAUAUAACCAUUUCUGAUCCUCCCAUUCGCAUGCAACUCUUUGAAUUUGAAGCAUGCCCCUUUUGCAGAAGGGUUCGAGAAGCAUUGACAGAGCUGGAUCUUUCUGUAGAGGUGUAUCCUUGUCCAAAAGGUUCUUUAAGACAUAGAGAAAUGGUUAGAAGCUUUGGUGGAAAAGAGCAGUUUCCCUUCCUCAUUGACCCAAAUUCUGGAAUAUCAAUGUAUGAAAGUGGUGAUAUUGUCAAAUACCUGUUCAAGCACUAUGGUAAAGGAAGAAGCCCCUCAACGGGUCUUUUAGAAAGCACAUUGUUCACUGGAUGGAUGCCAACAAUUCUUCGAGCAGGUCGAGGAAUGAUGCUAUGGGAUAAGGCAAGACGAGACCCACCACCAAAAAAGCUUGAACUUUUCUCGUAUGAGAAUGAACCAUAUUCACGAAUUGUACGAGAGGCACUUUGUGAACUCGAACUUCCUUACAUCCUUCACAAUGUGGGAGAAGGAUCUCAACGGAUGAAAUUACUCCUUGAGGCAUCUGGAUCCAAAGAGCUUCAGGUCUUAUGCAUUAAUAGUCUCGAGCCACUUGAACCUUGGCUCUAUGUUGUUGGAUGCAGCACUCAUAUCCGAUACAUAUUUGGACAUGGAUAUGUGGAUAUGAUUUCACAAGGACCUUUCAAAUUGAACAAAUUUGUAUUUAUCCAUGUCCGACACUCAAAACCGAGUUUGAGUUGAUGCACUAGCUUAGACUUUUGUAACCCUAUCUCACACAUGCCCCAGUUUGAGCAGAAACCCUACCAUAUUGAAUGAACAAUACGACAUAAGCGGAAAUUUGCAGGUCAUAUCGAACACUUGAUGUUGUGUUACUCAGGUGUGAAUGUCGAGCAGAGUACGAUAAAA